GUUGGGAGAACAUUGGAGGGGCAGAAUGAGACUGAAAGACCAACCGGCCGGCUGGCAGUGGGACAGCUAGCACGCCAUGGAGGUGGAGAGAAGGCUGAAUCAUUUCUGCCCUCAUGGGCGUCAGUGCAAAUGAUGUUGCUGUUUUGUCGAUGUCUCUAGUAGCGUCAUGUCGCUGCGAACGUCUCCGUCGAGCGACAAGCCUCUCCAUCGCUGCUCCUUCUCUAUCUUUGUUCCCUUGUCCUUCUCUUACCCAUGGUUUCCUCUCUCGCUAGAGACGAAGUCACAUGAAUAAGACAACUUACGGUGUUGUUCCGUGUUUGUGAAUGUUGCAUUUCUGAUGGUCAACAUCCCUUCUUCCUCUCCUCUAUGCUGUCUCUCUGGUUUCCUUCUCCCUGCGGUCUAUGUUAGCAAAUGUCUUGGGUAGCCUCUUGCCCAGUUCCCAAGCCGCCAGUUCUCUAGUCUUUAUCUGUCCCUUUCUCUUAUUCACAUUCAUUCUUUCCCUCUCUGCCUCGCGUUUAUAAAUCAGGAAAUGAUAGGCUUUAGAAACGUUUGUGUGUAAAACGUAUUUGCACCUUUAAAGUCAUUUCAAACCAACGCUAUCCUCAGGUAUGUAGAAGAAUCGCUAUGCUUCGUCUCUCCUUUACUAAGCUGCUCCUAUUUCCUCGUUGUUACCUGCCAAUGAGUGACACAUCAGAAGGUAGGAAGGUAACUGACCUGUAGAGAAAGAAAUAGAUGUUAUUAACAUAAUUGUGGUAGAUGGCAGAGAAACGAAUGGAGACCUUGUCACCGGCUUGGUACCAGGCGAGGACUAUGACAGAAACAGGCGUGAAGAUGGAAGUACAGCUUUUCUUGCAUGGAGAGAGCGGAGUCUGAUUCAAACCACAUCUACAGACAUUUUUAUGUUGUUUUUCUUAAGUUUUUCCCCCAGAUUUUUCUGUUGAUGUUGUACCAAGCAGUGCUGAGAUUGGCAAUCGCCUGUGUUUAGCGGCUCCCAUCGACUUCUGCUUUAAAAAACGCUCUGCUUUGAGACUUCGAAAUUGCCAGACAUGACUGAAUAGACUAAAACAUAUAUCAUAAUGUUAUACGAGACACAGUGUUAUGUACUCAAAGUCUUAGUAUUCAAUAAGGGCUUGUGUGGGAGAGAGCAAGAGAAAGAGAGAGAGCUUUGCCUGGUAACAGCUCUGCUGCACUGUGCUGCUGUUUCCAGGGCUCUCGCUAGCGUCCAUCCCCCAGCACUCUCUCUCUCUCGCUCUCUCUCUGUCUCUCUCUUUCUCUCUCUCUCUCCGCUCGCUGCACACUCCUCCAUUCCCUCGUACGUGCCCACUGUGCCUCAGAUAAUGGCCUCUUGCUCUGCACACACAGAAAAGAGAAGGGGAGGAGAGGGAGAGAGAGAGAGAGACUGACUGAGGGAGAGAGAGAGAGAGAGAGAGGAAGGUGGGGGCUGCGAGGAGAAGCAGACUGUGAGCGUAAGAGAAAGAAAAGGGAUAUUGAAAAGGGAAGGGAGGAGCACCAAGAGAUAAUGAGAGAGGAAAAGGGAGAGAACAGAAAGAGACGGCUGUAAGAAGAGACAGAGAACCAGCGUGCGUUGGGGGGAGGUGUGUGUGUGUGUGUGUGUGUGUGAGAUAGAGUGCCCGUGUGCAUGUCGGUGCUUCUGUGCCUGUGUGUCGCACCGACCAGGGAAGAAAGCCCAGUGGCUCGUCUCCCGGCACCUCCGUAGUCCAUGCUCCUCUCCACCUCUUCUCCACUACCGCUGUCAGGACGUCUAGACCGAUACCGUUUCGGACGCUGGUUCAGUGGAUGGCCCCAGAAGAGGAGGCCAGAUGGAGACUGGGUCACAUGACUGCUUUGAAGAGGACAGUUCGCUGAGCCUGGAACUGACCAAUGGUGUGAUCCGGCAUCCCAGCGGUACCCAUGAGGAGGGUGGAGUUGGCCUGGGACCCCAAAGGGAGCCCCAGCGAUCAGGGAGUGUUCCCCCGGGACAGGGCUGGGUGCCUGCACAUGAAAAAGCCUCCCACCCCCAGCAACAACUGCCCUGCAGUGGCUGGAGUAGUGCUGGUAGGACUCCUGGGAAGCCUGUCAAUGAGGCCGAUAUGGAGGAUGCACGCAACCUGGUAGCCUUCUCAGCCAGCGUGGGCUCCCUGCCCCUCCAUCCAGAGCCCCAGUCCCAAACCGCCCAGCUGUAUGAGAAGUUCAACCAGGAGAUGGGCACUGCUGAAGGGGCCACAGCUCAAGCCCGGUUCCAAGCUCCUGAGGGAGGGGACCCCACAGAGGAUGUGAACACCCUGCGGACCGCCCUGAACCAGGCGCGUCACGGCCACAAGCCCCCGAACUGUGACUGUGAAGGGCCGGAAUGCCCAGACUACCUGGAGUGGCUGGAGAAGAGGAUCAGGCAGGCAGGGGCGGUGGAGAACAAGGACAAUAAUGCGCCGUGUUCCAAGAUGGUUGCCGACACACCGCCUCAUCAGCAGCCCACUCAGCCCCACCCCCAUCACCACACUUACCCUCCUGGCAGCUUAAGUAACCCGCCCUCCUGUCCACCCCUACAUCCCCACCAACAGGGCCGACAGCCAGGCUCUGUGCCCUUUUCCCCAGCCCCCAUCCCCUGCUCCCCUCAGGUCCUGUCCAUCGCCAAGGAGAAGAACAUCAGUCUGCAGGCAGCCAUAGCUAUCGAGGCCUUGACCCAGCUGUCUGCACCUGUCCCCCAGACCCCAGUCCCUCCUGCCCACCAACACACCUCUCUGCACCCCCAGCAUGGCACCCGCCCAGUGCCCUCCUCCGCCGACACCUUCUCCUAUUUGUCGUCGUCGCGCUCACAGUCCGUCCCCCCCGGGCUGUUCCCCCAGGCCCAGCAGAGCCCGGUGUCGUGGGAGCAGCAGCACCGACCCCAGUCUCAGGGCCAGCCGGUCCACGCCGCUCCCCUCACUGGGCUGCCCCAGGUUGGCAGCCCUCGCCCCCAGUCACAGCAGGGCCCGCAAGGCCCCGGGGGAGCCCCAGAGCAGAGGAACCAGUGGACAGUAAUAAGCUCGGAUUCCCAGCAGUCACUCCUCGCUGCCCCGUCCGGUGGCCACAGCGCUGGUGACCCCAUGUCCGAGCUCAAGCAGCUGCUGGGGGACUGCAGUGGAAACGGCCCCUUCAAGCUGCCCGUCCCGCACCACCACAUCAAGCAGGAACCAGGGGUGCCUCGGAUCAAGCAGGAGGUAGACUCAGGGGACUACCACAGCCCUGCCUGCGCCUCCAUCGGGGGUCACUACGGCCUGAUGAAUGGCCAGCAGCAGAACUCCGGGUACUCUGGUCCACCUCUCUCCCCGGCCACCCACACAGCCCUGCAGCAGCACCUUCACCACCGGAGGAACCUCUUCCCCAGCGCAGGCUUCCCGGGCCUCUGCCCUUCCCGGCCUGCCCAAGUAUGCCAGAACCUCCGUAAGUGGUGGCCCCAAAAUAUGGGCCCCAGCGACCACCCUGUAAUGGCUAUCAAGCAGGAGUCCAAGGAGCCUAAGAGGAGGAAGAGCUCGGUAGGAGUGUCUCCGCUCACAAAGCAGCCCCCAGUGGGUGGGAUGCUACUUCAGUCCGGCUUUAAGUCCAAGUCGAUAGUCAUCAAGAAGACCAAGCAGAAGGCCUCCCUGCCUACCUUCCUGCCUCAGAGCCAGAUCUCUGUACAGAAACGCUCUCCCCUCAUCCUGAAUGCACCCGUGCCUCUGGCCAACCCAGGUUCUCUCUCUUUCUCUACUUUCCCCCCGAUCAGCCCCACUCAGGCUGUUGCAGGCCUCCCGGCCCCGGCCCAAUCUCAGGUAUCCAUUUUAAGCUCUUCUGCUGCAGCCUCUGUCUCUGCUCCUGCCUUCUCUGUAAACACUCCAGCCGUGUCCACCCCUCAGCCUCUCCCGGCAGCUCCGGCUAGCUCAGGGGAUGCCAUCGCCACACAGACCUCCACAACCUCUCAGUCCAUACCAGGCCUCAGCUCCCUGGACCCCAAGUUCGAAGAACUGAUCCGCCAGUUCGAGGCGGAGUUCGGAGAUACUUUGGCCCCAGAUCCCUGCUCUCAGGUCCAGGGUCAGCCCCAGGACCUGGUCCCCUCCACCCAGCCCCAGAGCCAGGUCGGCUCCACCCAGGGCCAGGUCCCCUCCGCUCAGCCCUUGGUGACAGAAUCUCAGCCCCAUGUUAACUCAGGACAAGCCAGGCCCGCGUCACCAUCAGCGUCCACCCGGUCCUCCGGCCCUGCUCCCUCAGCUUCAACCGCCGCCACACCAGCAGACCAGGAGGUGGGGCUGGACAAGGAGUCCGGAGGCGAGAGUAAAUUGACCUCUGACUCCACCCCCCAGCCCUCGGCCGAGAGCCCUGUGGAGGAGUUGCGUGAGGAGGCCCAGCAGCAGAACGUCUUUCCGGACCCCUUCACCGCGCCUCCCACCCACUCCCCGUCCUCACUGCCCAAACGCAUGAAGAUUGAAACCAAUGGGAACGUCACUGUCCUCUCCACCACUGGAUUAUUCUCUGAGGGAGAGGACAGCACCCCCACUAAGGACAGCUUCCCCAUAAACCCCUCCCUAAAAGGCUUUCUGGAGUCCCCAAUGCGCUACCUGGACACGCCCACUAAGAACCUGCUAGACACACCCGCUAAGGACCUCCAGGCUGAGUUCCCCACCUGUGACUGUGUGGAGCAAGUUGUGGAGAAGGAUGAGGGUCCGUAUUACAAUCACCUGGGCUCUGGUCCCAGUGUGGCAUCCAUACGAGAGCUGAUGGAGACCAGGUAUGGAGAGAAAGGUGAAGCCAUCCGUAUUGAGAAGGUUGUCUACACCGGCCGGGAGGGCAAGAGCUCUCAAGGAUGUCCCAUCGCCAAGUGGGUGAUCCGUCGGGCCAGUGAGAAGGAGAAGUUGCUGUGUCUGGUGCGUCCCCGGGUCGGUCACCACUGUGCCAACUCCGUCAUCAUCAUCCUCAUCAUGGCGUGGGAGGGCGUGCCCCGGGCGCUAGGUGACAAGCUGUACCGAGAGAUCUCCGAAACCCUCACCAAGUUUGGCAACCCCACCAACCGCCGCUGUGGACUCAACGACGAUCGUACAUGUGCGUGCCAAGGCAAAGACCCUGACAGCAGUGGUGCUUCCUUCUCUUUCGGCUGCUCCUGGAGUAUGUACUUUAACGGCUGCAAGUACGCUCGCAGCAAAACACCCCGCAAGUUCAGAUUGGCAGGAGACCACCCGCAAGAGGAGGAUCUACUCAGGGAUAACUUCCAGGAUCUGGCUACUGAAUUGGCUCCACUGUACAAGCGGCUGGCUCCACAGGCCUACAGUAACCAGUGUAAGAAUGAGACCUUGGCUACAGACUGCAGGCUGGGUCUGAAGGACGGCCGGCCCUUCUCAGGUGUCACCGCCUGCAUGGACUUCUGUGCCCACGCUCACAAGGACCAGCACAACCUCUACAACGGCUGUACUGUGGUGUGUACUCUGACUAAAGAGGACAACCGCAGGGUUGGGGAGAUCCCAGAGGAUGAGCAGCUCCACGUACUUCCCCUCUACAAGGCCGCCCUGACCGACGAGUUCGGCAGCGAGGAAGGCCAGCGUCAGAAGAUGUGCAACGGUGCCAUACAGGUGCUCAACAGCUUUCGGCGUGAGGUCCGCAAGCUGCCUGAGCCCGCCAAGUCAUGUCGCCAGCGCCGCCUGGAUGCCAAGAACCGAGCCUCUGAGAAAAAGAAGGGCAAGCAGCAGCUCCCAACAGAGACGCCAGAGAAAACGGUGAUCAAGAUGGAGGUCCGGCACACUGGCUCCCCUGUCAGACAACACGGCAAUAAAGCUGUCCCUAAGCAGGAGAUGAAACCCAUCAUGAAGAAGGAACAAGCUGACCAGCGCCUCCAGCCCUUCAACGGCCAGCUGGAGGGCUACCCUGCCCAGGCUGCUGACCCCUACCAUGUCUACCCCCCUCACCCUGGCUACUACAUCAGGAGAAGCUUCCCCCCCAAUGGCCAGCCCUCUGCACUCCCAUCUUCACCAGGCCCCGUCAAUGGCUACCAUCCCAAUCUACCCGGAGCACUGCCCUACAGCUACUAUAACUACACUCUCAAAUCGAAUGCACUUUUCCCCCAUGAGCUCACUUACGAAGGCCGCAACAGCCCUUGGCACCCGGAUGGCCCCAAGGUUCCUUCAGGCCCCGUGGACAAGAAGCCAGAUGCUCAGAGCCUCCAGGCCAAGCUGGCGCUGCCCUAUCCUGGCCACACCAAGCAGCAGCAUGGAGACUUAGCAAACCAACAUCACCGUAGCGCUUACCCCCAGCAAUCUGACUACAACCAAUCCCGGCCCUCGUCAGUGUCCUCAGAGCCCUCCCACAGAGGGACCCCCAUCAUCAAACAGGAGCCAAUCGACAUGCCAGUAUAUGAGGGGGGAAAUGCUCAUCCUCAGAGCUGUCCCAGCACUCCCAGCAACACCCCACAGCCUGGAGCUGCUGGUGGGCCCUGGCCCGGGCACAAGCCCAAUGGCAGUAUGGUGCUCAGCAGCUGGGAUGGCAACCCCAAACCAGCCACACCCCUGGACGCUCGCUUCACUCCAGAUAAGCAGCAGUUCCACCAGCAAGGCCCUUACCAGCCCUCCCAGUCCCUAUACCCCCCACAACAGCCCUCCCCGUCCCUUUAUCCCCCACAACAGCCCUCCCCAUCCCUUUAUCCCCCACAACAGCCCUCCCCGUACCCCCAACAGUGGCGCUCUUACCCUGGCCCCAACACCCCAAGGGCCUCCCCUUCACCGUCCCCCUCCCUAAAGGUACCUCCGUCCCCCUCUCCUUCCACACAACCCAGCACCCCAUGCCACUGGGACAGCCCAGCUCCCAGCCCCCAGCCUAAGGCCUGGCCAAUAGGCAUGGUUCCUGCUGGGUACAGCCCCGCCGGGGGAUUCCCCGACAAGAUGUGGUCCAAGGCAAGCGAGAGUCGGGGCACGACCCCCCUGGGGCUCCAGGAGAAGGCCUGGAAGUCUUCAGGAGGCUCCAUGGCAGGUACACCAUCUCCGGCCCCAGAGGGACGGCAGUUCCCAGACGCCCUGCAGCCAUCGGAUGGACAGCCCCAGGCCUGCUGGGACCCGAACCGGGCCCAGACCCCAAGUGAACCCAACAGCCAGAGAAACCAGGACCUGGGGGAGGAGGAGCAGUGGUCGGACAGUGAGCACAACUUCCUGGACCCCAACAUCGGAGGGGUAGCGGUGGCACCCGCCCACGGUUCCAUCCUGAUUGAGUGCGCCCGGCGCGAGCUGCACGCCACCACGCCGCUCAGGAAGCCAGACCGCUCUCACCCCACCCGUAUCUCCCUGGUGUUCUACCAGCACAAAAAUAUGAAUCAGCCCUGCCAUGGCCAGUGGCUCUGGGAGGCCAAGAUGAAGAUGCUGGCAGAGCGAGCCAGAGAGAGGCAGCAGGAGGCAGCUCUGUUGGGGCUGCCCUACGAGGACAUCAAACCCGGGAAGAAACGCAAGCUGGGGGCCAUGGCGGCAGGGGCCAGCCCUGGGCCUGGCCCGACCACAGACAAGAGGGUGGGGCCGGUGACACGACUGGCUCCCACCCAGCACACCGCCUCCAUGGUGACUGUGUCCCCCUACGCCUUCACCUCCCUCACCGGGCCCUACAGCCACUUUGUGUGAGGACGGAGGGACAGACAGGCGGAGCAGGUCAGGGAUGAGUAUCUCAGCCCUCUUUUUAGUCCUGUGUCUCCCUCCAUCCAUAUUUUCCUCCUUCUGCUCUGUUUCCUCAUUGUGGUCCUCUGGGCCAGAAGGAGGGGACUACUUGUUUGAGUGCUCUUUUGGUUUUGUUAGUUUUUUUACCUCAUGUCAGGCAGCAGUUUGGGCCCUUUUGUGGACCAGACAGAUAGACUGCAGCCUGUGGUGCUCUUCCUCUCUCCUCUGUGGGAGGGACUCCAUUGCUUUUCUUUCUUAAUAGAAUUUUAAUUAAUGCUAAUUAAUGGUAUUAUUAUCAAUAUUAUUACGAUUUCUAUUGUUACUGUCAAUGUUGUUAUUACAGGUAUUGUUAUUAUUAUUAUUAUUAUUAUUAAGAUGCUGAUUUGAUUUUAAUUUUUUUAUAUGAUUGUUUUUUUUCAUUAAUGUUAUUAUUGAUGAAUGUGAUGGGUUGUUUUUUAUGUUUAUUUUUUACAGAGGGGAAUUCCUCUCAGACAGUCUUGCUUUUUCCCAUAUUUGUGAAAGUCUGCUUUUUUUUUUUCGUUUUGGCCUUUUACAUUUUCGUAACUGUACUAUGAGGAGGUCCUUUCUCAGCACUGCAAGGCUCUUUUCUAACAGCCAACAGACAUGACGGGAAAACAUUUGAAUUCAUCACAACCAAAAGAGACAGCAGAAACGACACCGCCCACAGAAACCUCUCUGGAGCGUCCCACAAAGUGGAAGGUUUUUAUCAGUCCCCAAAGUCAUGUCUUUUUUCAACCAACAAUAUCUGUCCUGUCUGCCAGCUGUCUUGCGCUGAAGAGAAGGGUUAUUUUCUCUAUAUUUUUACUCUGACCCCUCAACCCACCUCUACUGGUGCUUCAUGUUAAUCUUCAUCCCCUUCACUGGGAUGAUGUCAGUCAUUCCUCUCUUCCUCGCAGCACUAGAUGCUGAAUACAAGGGUGCUCUUAUAACGUAGACUGUGAGUUUGAACAACAGGCAUAGAAGUUGUCAUCUUCCUGCAGGUUUUCGUUAUGAGAUCUCGCAUUCCCAUUCUGUCUCCUGUGGGGAGUAGUGAGAGCUUUCUACGUGAAGCACUAGAGGGCAGCAAUGACCCGCUGUAAAAUGGUGCACUGACAAAAACAGACUCUUUCUCACACACAUACACACACAAACACACAUACACACACACACACACA